AUCAUGCGGUGUGGAAAGAAGUGUUCUCAAAGUGGAGUCGACAAAGUCAUGCGUCUCCGCCCCAAAGAGGAAGACUCUGGCAUGGCUCCUUGCAGGCAGCGCUGCUAAGGAUUGGGUUGUAUUUUUGGAAUGGUGUGUGCGUGCGUGUGGGUGCGCGUGCGUCCACGUCGCCUUGUUAGGUGUGCUCAAAUGUUUCCUCUAGCAAGGCGAGUCAGGAGACACACCGCUGGGUGGCAGGGACAGGGGGACAGGGGCUUUUCUCCGUGGCCAACUGGAAAGCCAUGAAAGACCUCCAGCUUGUCGGGAAAGAACCACAAAAUUCGGCCAGUACAAUUCUGGAUCAGCUCUAAAUUGAAAACAGUUGAAGUGGAGAAGAACUUUCUUUCCGAAUCUUCAUGGACACGCGGAUAAAUCCAGAAAGACGAAGAGGAGGCCCACUCGAGUUGACCGCCCAGAAUAUCGCCAAUCAGUUUUAAUGUCAGCAAAAGACGGAGUGAGUCCGAAGGGGGUUUUAAUCUUCAGCCAGGCUACAGGCUCCAAAGCGUCCCUCUUCGGCGUGCGUGCGGGGCGACAUGAGCGGAGGUCGCUUUGAGUUCGAUGACGGCGGCGCAUACUGCGGCGGCUGGGAGGGCGGCAAGGCGCACGGCCACGGCAUCUGCACCGGCCCCAAAGGCCAGGGCGAGUUCUCGGGAUCCUGGAAUUACGGCUUUGAGGUGGUGGGUGUCUACACCUGGCCCAGCGGGAACACCUACGAAGGCUACUGGUCACAGGGCAAGCGUCACGGUCUGGGAGUCGAAACCAAAGGUCACUGGAUUUACAGAGGGGAAUGGACACAUGGCUUCAAGGGAAGGUAUGGCAUCCGCAUCAGUGUCGGCAGUGGGGCCAAAUACGAGGGAACGUGGAGCAAUGGGCUCCAGGACGGCUACGGAACUGAAACCUACGCUGAUGGAGGCACUUUCCAGGGUCAGUUCACGGGCGGCAUGCGUCACGGCUAUGGGGUCCGUCAAAGCGUCCCCUACGGCAUGGCAGCUGUCGUCCGUUCUCCUCUCCGGACUUCCCUGACCUCCUUACGCAGCGAGCACAGCAAUGGCACCAUGCUGCAGCAAGACAUCCCCAUCAUCACCACCACGAGUGUGUCCGGAGAAGAGACUCCUGUUGCCAGCCCUGCCCAACUGGGACCAUCGCGGGGAGGCUUCGCCCUCACUCUCCAGGUGGACCUAGAGGCAGUGAAACCCAAGAAGAAAGGUCUGUUUCGCAGGAGCGCUCUGCUGGGCAAGUUGAAGAAAUCCGACUCGAGCACUUCGCUGUCCAGCCAGAAGAGCAAGAUCAGUUUCCUGAGGACGGAAUCAGCUUUGAGCUCCAACAUCAGCGACACUAACUCCACCAUCAGCAUGGGGGACGAGAGCCUGGCUGGCGCGGAAGACUUCCCCCCCGUCGAGGCAGACAUCGACGCCACCACCACCGAGGUCUACAUGGGCGAAUGGAAGAACGACAAGCGCUCAGGAUAUGGAAUAAGCGAAAGGUCUAGUGGCCUCAAGUAUGAAGGCGAGUGGCUGAACAACCAAAGACACGGCUAUGGUUGCACCACUUUCGCUGAGGGAGGCAGAGAAGAGGGCAAGUACAUGAACAACAUGCUGGUGAAGGCCGUGAGGAAGAGAAUGAUCCAACUGAAAGGAACCAAGAUCAAGCAGAAGGUGGAGCGGGCCGUGGAGGGCGCUCAGCGGGCCGCCGCCAUUGGCAAGCAGAAGGCGGAGAUUGCCGCUUCAAGGUCCACCCACGCCAAGGCCAAGUCAGACGGAGCCGACCAGGCUGCUCAGGCCUCCAACAGCGAGUCCAGCAUCGCCAGGCUGGUGGCCAAAGAGCUUUCACCUUCCUUCUACCAGCCAGGUCCGGAGUAUCUGAAGAAGAGAGUGAUGCCGGAAGUCGGGGAGGGAAGUGAGAACACAGAUAUCGUCAUGCAUGAGCCACUGUUGGCCGAGGAGGAGCCAGCUCCUCCGCCGCCUGAAAGCCCGAUAGUGUAUGAAAUAGACCGCCUCAUGCCUGGCUCCUCCCCAGCCCGCACCCCCUCCCCCAGUCCAGGCAUCUUCAUCAAGGAGGACCCCAAACUCCCGGGUCCUGACAGCUCAAAUGACAAAAAAGCUUGUAAAGGUAGCAGUAAACCCAACAGCAGGCCCACCACACCUUCACUCCCUCUUCCUGUUCCCACUGGACUUGAGGGCACCAGCAGUCGCAGCCUCGCUCGAACCCCAAGCCGCCACAGCACCAAGAACGAGCAGGGGUCUGAUUUGGAGAUCAAACCCUUGCGGAAGUUUGAUGCAGAGGUGAAUGCUCCAGACACCGCAUCCGCACCCCAAUCUGCAAGAAACAGCUUCCUCGCCCGGGAGGACGAGGAAAAGCUACGGCCCAGCCCCAAAGUGCCAGCUGCCACUCCAAAUUCGAAAGCCAAUGACCUCAAGCUCGAAAGAGUUCCGACAGUCCACGAUCGAGAGCAGUCGCGGGAGGCGAGCGGGCCUUCCGUCAAGGCGGAAGCCAAACUGCCACCGAAACGACAACCGAGCCCCGCUCCAGCCCCAAAGCCUGCGGCCAACCAGGAACCGAAGACACCAGCCAAGCCUGUGGAAGCCAAAAGCAACAGUGUCAAACCUGCCGUGAAAGCGGAUCCUAAAGCAGAAGCCCGACUGAAGGCGCCGAUGUUGAAUUCAAGUAUUGAUGUGACUGCAGAGCCUUUGGAGCAGGAGAGAAGCAUUUUGGAACUGUUCUACCAACGUCCCUGGACUCACAUGUUCUUUCCUUCUCAAGAGCCCCAACACCAUCAUGAUCUGCAUGGUCAUCUUGCUCAACAUCGGUCUGGCCAUUCUCUUUGUGCACAUUUUGUCGUGAGGAGUUUGUCGUCACCUCGGGUCACCAUUGGCGCUAUCGCGAGAGGGUCGUCCUCCACCGCAGUUUGGACCAGAGCUCAAAGAGAUGUGAAAGGGGACUCAGAAGCCUCGUGUGACCUAGCAGCAGCUCCUCUUCUUGCGGUGUCUGUGUGAGCUUUUGUCUGGCUGCAGACGAGUGAGAAGACGAAAGACAACGAAUGAUGGAAAUGGCUCAGUAGGAAGUUUCUGUGCUAAAGUGGGGGAGGGCGGGAUGCUUCCAAAUGCACUGAACAAGUCUAUAUUCAAUUUAGAAUGUCCAAGUGUGUCACCAUUUAACCCUGGAGAACCCAAGAACCUUUAUCUUCUUUGGAAAAUAAUGAAUUAUACAUGAAAUGACUGCUAUAUGUUCACUGAACACCAAAAUAUAUGUUUUUUUCAAAUAUUCAAUGCUUUAAUCCUAAUUUAGGAUUCGGGCCAAAUAUGGCCCUUUGGGAUUUAAGGGUAUCAUUUGAGUAGCAGAAUUUAUAGGGGCAACAUUUGACCCCGUGGGUUCUCCAGGGUUAAAAAAAAAAAAAAAAAAAAGAAUACUUAACGACCACCUACGCUUGCUCUCACAUCACUUCUGAAAUCACAUAUUUUGGUGUUUUUGUUUCUGAAGCAACAUUACUUCUAAUUUGAAUAUUGCUGUCAUUGUAUCCACCCACUCACAUUUUCCCCUUGCCAAAAUGGUCCGAAACAGCAGGUCGACAUUUGACCCAACACUUCAUUCAGACUGCGAUACUUUGCCGAGUACUUGUUCUAAUUUGCGGAUGCUGCCUUAACCAACACAAAAGCAAUCAGUCUUAAUGUUGAGAACAUUUUAGUCAAUCAGUGUUUGGUAAGGUUGGACCAUGGCUUCAACUCGAGAAAAACAACAAUCUCAGUAUCAGUGGGGUCAGCGUGGACUACAGGCGCAUGGAUUUUUUCCAAUCACAGAAAAAAGGACGAUGAGACUACACGAUUUACGGAAAUGUGUUCAGCACUCCAUCGCUUAUCCUGGGAAUUGGCACCUAUCAGCAGAAUUGCAUCUGAAUGGCCAUUGCCCAAAUUUAACUCACGACCAACGUGACACGAUUUGCCAGAAUGCUGAGUUGGAAUAGACAAUUCGACCUGACUAAACCGCAACAGAAAUUUGGAACAUCUGAUGAGUCAGUCAGUCUGCUUUCAUGAAGGAAUACAGAACUCUUAGAAUAUUUGCGGUUGGGUGACUGAAAUCAGGGGAUUUGGACAGAUCUCAGUAUACCCUUUCAGGGACAGCAGUUAUGACAGUGGACAUCUUACCAUGUUAUCAGGUUACAGGGUGCACGAAAGAGUGAAACAAUGGAUCCAAACAAUGAUCCCAAAUCGUUGUCAAUGGAUUUGAUGAUCGAUUAAUUGUGACACCUGUACAAUACUGACGAUUCAUGCUAGAUUCCAGAUUGUCUGUUACCAGUUGGUUGACCUGUUCUUUCUGCUGCAUUUGACAUCUGGGAAUGAACCCGCGCUAGGACAAAUGCGGCUCACGCGUCGAUGUUUUCGAGUAAAUGCAAUGACUGACACGGUUGUGGUCUGAGCCGUGCUCUGUGUUCCUGUAAGUCUGUUUGAAAAUAGACUAUUCCAAGUUGCAUUUCAGCUUUGGUAUUCUGGAAAAGCCGCGUUUCGGCUGUGGUGUUGAACACUGUGAAGUGUGAUGUUUUCACUGUGCCUUUGUUGCCGUUCGCUGCAUCGGAAGAGGCUUUGUAAGGCAAACAGAGAAUGGCAAUAGAGAGCAUAUCAUCAGUGUUUGUGCACAUUGUGUUCAGCAUGUGCCUGUGGAGGAUUUUUGGGUGUAUUCCGUGGGAGACAAGAAAGCAGAAAAUGGAAAUUGCGAGCUGACUGACAACGAUCACUGCUUCGCCUGUGGGUAUGUAGCGGUCAAUUUCUUAUGUAAAGUACCAAAAAAAAAAAAAAAAAAGGUUUUCCGCAGCAACUCCAUCCACGCGCCUGAUGUGCCGUUUGAAGCCAAAUGAGUUCAUCUUUUGUAAGCAUGAAGAUACCGUGUGUAUGUACCAGAGUGACACAGACUGCAUCAGCAUUCAGAAUAGAUUACCUCGUUAUUGUGAGCUGAAGAAUAUUUUCCUCAACUCCGCGUCUUACAAUGAGAGUAUCUGCCCAGCUAUUUAAAUUAUUAUUUGACCCAUGUUUAUGUGGGAGAGCAAUGAUUUUAUUUGACUGUAUGGUAAAACUAUUCGUUUGUCAAAAGAGGCCAAGUCAAUGUGCUCCAUCAUCUUUCAAUUGGCACCUUUUUUCGAUGAGUUGCCAAGUUAUACAACACACAUCGCAGUAAAACAGAUUAAACAUGUAACACCAAGUACCCAGAGGUCUUUGUAUGUAUAAGCCAAAUUCAAAUAUGUGUAGUUUGUGGAUUGAAAUCUGGCACAAAACAACUUAACUUCAAUGAUUAAAAAAAAGUUAAACAA